AUGGUCAAACGAAAGGUCGCCGCGCUCGAGAAGAUCGAUGCCGAUUUCGCUGCUCUUCAGCAGAAAAUCCGUCGCGAUCCCAGAUCUUACAAGGAAGAAUUCUUGAAGCAAUUGGAACAAUAUGAGGCUCAGCGCGAGAUAUUUCUCGUCUCUCCCUCCACCGCAAGCGCCGAUUCCGUCGAGUCUUUCCACAACAUUAUCGAUCUAAUCGCUCACGUCGCCGAUUGCUACAAGGAAGAGACCGCAACCUUCCCCGAUGAUCUCAAGGAGAUUCUUACACAGCAUCAUGUCGUUCUACACCCUGAUUUGCGCGAGAAGAUUGUCGGAAGUCUGGUCCUGCUCCGAAGAAAGGAAGUCAUCGACUCAACGAGCGUCCUUACCACUCUCUUCCCCAUUCUCGUGUCUUCGCCUUCCAAGACUUUGCGUGAAACUCUUUUCCAGAAGAUUUUGGCCGAUCUUCGAAACUCAAACACCAAAUCGAUUAACCACCCUCUCAACCGUACCGUACAGACCGUCCUUUACAACCUCGUCACUGCCGACCGAGAUUCUCCCCGAGCUAUCUGGGCCAUCAAGCUCACUCGUGAGAUGUGGAAGCGACAGUUCUGGACCGAUGCGAAGCCCGUAGAUGUCAUGAAGGAAGCCUGUCUAUCGAACAAUGAAAAGGUCGUCGUUGGCGCCGUUCGCUUCUUCCUCGGUGGAGACAAGGAAAGAGAAGAGCUUGAGGACGAGAGCAGUGAUGAAGAGGUUGAUCUGAGCCAAGUCAAGCAUCAAAUGGGCAUAAACAAAAAGACUAAGAAGUCGAAGAAGGCUUACGACAGGGCUGUUGACAAGGUCAAGCGUUCUGAGCGUAAGAAGAACAAGCCUCAUCCCCUCAACUUUUCAGCUCUGCAUCUCCUUCACGAUCCCCAGAGCUUUGCUGAGGAGCUCUUCUCAAAACAUCUACAAAACACAAAGGCGAAGCUGUCUCUUGACACAAAGAUCCUAGUGACACAAUUGGUUACCCGACUUGUUGGUCUGCACAAGCUCACCAUCGUGGCGCUCUAUUCCUGGUUCAUCAAGUUCCUUACUCCCAAGCAACACUCAGUCACAUCAUUCCUGGCUUCCUUGGCUCAGGCUGUUCACAACCUUGUGCCUCCGGAUGUUCUGGAGCCUUUGCUCACAAAGAUUGCAAAUGAGUUCGUCUCUGAAGCUUCAGCCGCCGAGGUUGCGGCUGCUGGUCUCAACUCGAUUCGCGAGAUUUGUGCUCGUCAGCCCCUGGCCAUGUCUGAUACGCUAUUACAAGAUUUGGUUCAAUACCGAAAGAGUAAGGAUAAGGGUGUCAUGAUGGCUGCCAAGGGUCUUUUGUCACUGUACCGAGAGGUCGGUGCCGAGCUUUUGAAGAAGCGAGACCGUGGCAAGAAUGCCACCAUCAACCUGAAGUCUGGUAUUCAGGCUCAGCGCAAGUUCGGUGAGGAGGAGGCCGGUGGCAUUGAGGGUCUGGAUCUUUUGGAGAAGUGGAAGGAGGAGGAAAAGAAGAAGAAGCGACUCGCUAUGGGUCUUCCUGAGGAUGCUGCGACUGACGAGGAAGAGGAAAACAAAGAUGACGAAUGGGAGAUCGGCUCUGAUGAUAGCAGUGACUCUGGCGAGUGGAUCAACGUCUAUCACUCAUCCGACGAGGAGGACGACGAUGAUGAGCCCGCAUCAAAGAAGCAAAAGACAGAAGCAGAUAUCGCCGCGGACGAAAGGGCCAAGAAGGCUCUUGAGGAGAAGGAAGCUGAGAUUGACCGCAUCUCCAAGCUCGCCACAACAACCGUCCUUACACCGGCUGAUCUCGCCAAGCUCCAAGAACUUCGAAUGUCCUCUCAAGUCGACAAGGCUCUUGGCAGCCGCCGCAAGCGCCAGAAGGAGCUUGAAGACCGCCAUCGCGACGACGGUCUCACAGCUGAGCAGAUCGAGGCACCCGCUCGCCUGCGCAAGCUCACCAAGGAAGAGCGUGCCGAGCUUGCCAAGGAGGGCAAGCCGGACAGAGACGAGCACAAGUCUACACAGGCGAUCCGCAAGUCCAAGAUGCAGGCUCAGGGCAAGAGUACUAGCAACAGAGAAAAGGCACGCAACAAGAACAUCUUCAUGACGAUGGGCAAGGCGAAGAGCAAGAACAAGAGGAGUUUGAUUGAGACGAGAAAGGUUCUCACAAGGCACAUUACCAGAAGUACUAGAGGUGGAAGAAGAGCAAACGGAACUUAA